AUGCGUCUCGGUGGAUCCACCCACGCACUCAACUUGAUCUCUUCGGCUGUCGUCCCGGGUUUGCCAUUCCUCAAGUCGACUUCAACGUCCAGCAUCAAAGGUCUAUUCACCAUGAUCAACUCACUCACCUUCCGCGCUCUCCUCCUGUGCGUCAUCGUCACGGUGUAUCCCUCCGCUGCGUACUUUGAAGGCGAUGGCACCACUUACACGCUUGGUGGAGUUAGUGCUGGCAACUGCAAUUUGAUGUCGUGGAACAGCAUUGCACCCACGAAUUAUGCGGCUUUGAACAACGAGCAGUGGGAUAAUUUGGGCAACUGUGGUCGCUGUGCUCUAGUCUCGUGUAGUGACGAAGCGUGUGAAGACCAAACAGCGUCUAGCAUCGUCCAGAUCGUAGACCGCUGCCCUGAAUGCAAAUACGGCGACUUGGAUCUAUCGCCCUCGGUAUUCAAGACCAUCACGGGCUCCGAUCCAAGCCGCCUAUCCAUCCGAUGGGAGUUCGUGGAUUGUCCGAGGCCAGAGACCCUCAAGAUCUGCCUCAAGAGUGGUAGCAACGGCUUCUGGAUCGCUGUCCAGCCGACAAAUGCAGUAAUCGGAGUCAAGAGCGUCCGAAUCAAUGGCAACGUCGCGUCGAUGAUCAGCGGUGCAUACUACUACCUCAUCACGAGCUCGUCGGAGGUUGAUCUCACGGCUGUGGACGUAGCACUUACCUCCAUUAAAGGUCAAGUCAUCGAGGGCACAUUUUCGUUGUCGGCGGGUCAAUGCACUGACACAAAUCUUCAAUUUGAAUCGACAACUGCAACACCUGCGACUACUAGUCCAACCUCUGCUCCCACGACGACUGCCCCAACACUAGCGCCAACAACUGAGACCCCAGCCCCAACAACCGCGACGCCGCCCGCCGUUAAGUGCUUCGUACGCCGGAAUCGUCAUUAA